AUGUCCGCAACCGAGGGCAAGGUCGUCAAGGUCGUCAAUGCAAGGUUGCUGCUCAACCAUGAAAUCGUCGAAAACACAUAUUUAUGGUUUAGAGAUGGUAAAAUUGUGGACCCCCAGGCACUAUUUUUCAAUGACCAUAGAGAACCCGACGAAAUCAUUGAUGCCCACAAUGCCAUUGUCGUUCCUGGUUAUCUUGAUGUUCAAAUCAAUGGUGCAUUUGGAAUAGAUUUUGCUGACGAAAGUUUAUCGACGGAAGAAAUCGAGAAAAACAGAGAUACCGUUGCCCUUGGACUUCUCAAGUAUGGAUGCACAAGUUUUUGUCCGACUUUAGUGAGCUCUGCCCCUCCGGUAUAUCACAAGGUAUUACCAUUGCUUCGUAAGCGUCCUGGUUCAGUGACAAACGGUGCAGGAAUCCUAGGUGUUCAUAUUGAGGGGCCAUUUCUGAACCCAGAAAAAAAAGGCGCUCACAAAGAAGAGGUGCUCCGAACGGCCGAACACGGCAUUGAGACUUUCGACGAAACCUAUGGUCCAGCUCUUGAGCGAGGCGAUUCCAUCGCUAUUCUCACCGUAGCUCCGGAGGUUGACGGUGUUUUGGCUUGUAUCCCCAGUUUAGUCACGAGAGGUAUUUGCAUUAGUAUUGGUCAUUCCACUGCUACUGUGACCGAAGCAGAACUCGGUGUCAGGGCUGGCGCCACUUGUAUUACUCACCUCUUUAAUGCCAUGCACGCCUUCCAUCACCGUGAUGCCGGAAUCUGUGGCCUACUUGGUUCUACUACCCUACCAAUCCCAAAGUCUCAGAAACAGCACCCAACUCCCUCUGCAUCGUCUCCUUCUACUAGAAACCCAGAUCCACGCCCAUUCUAUGGUUUAAUUUGUGAUGGUAUUCAUGUGCACCCUAAUUCUGUGCGAAUAGCUUAUCACAGUCACCCGAAAGGUGUAGUCUUAGUGACAGACGCGCUUAGUUCUAUGGGCUUGCCUCCCGGUUGUUACCAUCUUGGUGAAUAUGAAAUUGAGGUUAACGGUGAUAAUGUAGCCUAUGUGAAGGGAACUACAACGUUGGCUGGAAGCAAUAUCACAAUUGAUCGGUGCGUAAAGAACUUCCGUAAAUUCACAAAAUGCUCCAUAGUGGAAGCUGUUGAAGCAGCAACACUUCAUCCAGCUCAGUUACUUGGCAUUGAAAAGGUUAAAGGCACCCUCUCCCCCGGAGCCGAUGCUGAUAUUCUGUUUUUGAAUGACGAACUGGACAUUCUACGCGUAUUUGUAGCAGGCGAAGAAGUUGAACUAGGCAAAUAG